AUGUUGCGGCUAGUUAUUGUGUCUGCUCACGUACCACCCGAAAUUUCUCAGUACCCCGACACCUGCGUCACCGCCACCUUCAGAGAUGUCACAAGAAGCACAAGAGUCGUACAGCAGGACCAGGAUCCCGUUUGGAACGAGACCCUGGUAUGGUAUGUGGACGUCAACACACUGGACAGCUCUUCUUUUGCAGUUGUCCAACUACAAGACUGGGGCAGUGAGGAAGAAGACAGCUCUUUUGGGUCGAUCAGUGUGCCCCUAGCAGGUGCUGUUUCAAGACCAAACAGUAUCAUCACUAUGAAGAAAAUAGCUCUUCGUGACAGGAACCACAAGGCGACAAGUGUGCGAGUCUUGAUCAUAGAAGCCCGGCAAUUGCAAGGAAACAACAUCAGGCCAGUGGUGAAAGUGGUAAUUGCCAAUCAUACGUUCAGGACGAGAAUCAAAUUUGGAAAUACCCCUUUUUACAAUGAGACAUUUGUACAAAAUUUCCAGGAGAUGCCCUCUCAACUGUUUGAUGAAUUCAUAAUCAUACAGAUUGAGAUCGGGCAUGUGUAUGACGCUCCAGGUCAUGUCAUGUAUUCAAAAUGGCUGACUCUCUAUGACCCCGCUAACCUCAAUGCCGGGCUAAAGGGCUACGUGAAAGUCAACCUUUGUGUCCUGGGAGCCGGAGACCGUGCACCGGAUGCAGACAAGAUAAAGGGCGACCAAGAUGGCGAGGACAAUGUUCUCAAGUCUGCAGCAGUGCCGUCUCGCAUGGUCACCAUCCAGCUCUCAAUCUACCAAGCAGAAGAUCUUCCUCAAAUGGACAGAAACAACGUAAAAUAUUUCAGAGCAAAGGAUGCGGCCAUCAGUGAUGAAAGUGAUCUUGUUGACCCUUCUGUGGAAGUUACUUUUGCAGGGAAAACAAUGCCUUCCGUGUGUGAUCUAAUCAAGCUUACCAUCCUUGAUGGGGAUGAAUAUUCAGACACCAGUAUUCUUGGGACCACUUUUCUCAGCCUCUCCCAGAACUCUUUCACAGGGUCCGAAGCACACGGGAAUGUCUCAGGGUUCCUGCCAUGCUUUGGACCCUCCUUUCUGCCGAUCUAUGGAAGUCCAAGGGAGAACAUGAAUGUAGAGGAUCCUUAUGAGGAACUCAACAGUGGAACUGAAGAAGGGGUAGCUUAUCGGGGAAGGAUCCUUGUGGAGCUGUACACCAGCAUGAAGGUGAUCCCUAAUAACGUGAUAGAGGACAUUCCUCAAGAAACAGUUAAUAAAAUAGAGCGCUUCAUGUCCCGGCACAGGUAUGGGCUCUGUGCCGUCUUUUAUUCAGCUACCAUGAUAGACGACAUCAAGGAACUGAUUCAAUUUGAGGUCAGCAUUGGGAAUUACGGCAACAAGUUUGAUGGGACAUGCAAACCUUUUGCUUCGACCACACAGUACGGCCAAGCAGUGUUUGAUGGUAAUUGCUACUACUACCUGCCCUGGUACGACACAAAGCCCAUGGUCGCCGUAACCUCUUUCUGGGAGGAUGUGUGCUACCGAAUCAAAUGUCUGAACGCCAUGCAGUUCAUGUACAACAGGCUGAAGCGAAAUCUGGAUGAUCUUAAAGCCAUCCUCAGUCCCAAGGAUCCCAAAGUGGAGGUUGUUUGGAAGAAGCUCCAGAUGGAACUGCUGGAGGACAGCAAGAAGCCUCUUCCAGACCUGGAAAAUCAGGCAACUGCGACCUUUCUGGAUCGGCAGCGGUGGAAACUGCGAAUCCGGCUCCUCCAACAAAUCAGCAAGGCAGUGGAAAGGACAAAUUCCAGGAAUCCUCGGAAGAAACUGAUUGUCAAAGCCGAGAACUGGCUCCACAAGCUUGCCUCAGUUACUGUAGAGACCCAGAUCAGCAUGCCGGACGUGAUUAUCUGGAUGCUCUGCAACGAGAGGCGGGUGGCCUAUGCCCGGGUGAAGUCUCAUACUAUCAUGUUCUCCAAACAUGCCCACCGUACCAAUGGAGUGCUAUGUGGCAAAACUCAGACCAUCUUUAUGAAGAGCAUACUGCCAGACAAAGAGGAGGAGUCUGAAAUCCCUAGUUUGCUCCGGGUGCGGCUGUGGCUUGGACGGUUGGCUGAUAGUCCAGAGUUUAUGAAAUGUUGUGAAGGGAGAAUCCUUGUUUUUGCCGAGACGUAUGAAAACCAAAAGAAGACCCAUGGGAUAUGGGGGACUAGGGGCCUGAAUCCUCACCCCAGCUUCUCAGAUAUAACCGGGGAUGUCAGACUCGCCAAAGACAAAUUCCAGCAGCCAAGGGGUUGGAAGUGGGAUGGCGACUGGACCAUAGAGCCCCAAAGAAGACUCUUGCUGGACAUAGAGACCAACCACAGUGAAGUCUUGGAGGAAGUAUAUGAGAACCAAACACGACUCCCUGAGCGUGAAUGGAGACCUGCCCCUAUCCCGUACACUGAUGUGAGCGGCUCUCCUGCCUCCCCAAAGGAAGAGAUUGUGUGUCCUCCAGGCUGGCACUUUGAAGAAGACUGGAAAGUGGAGGUGAAUCGUGCAGUGGAUGAUGCUGGUUGGGAAUACGGAGUUGGCAUCCCACCCAAGCACACCCCAGGUGCCUGGCAUGCAGCUGAGAAGGUGUACCACACCCACCGGCGUCGGCGCUGGCUCAGGAAACGCUGCCGGGAUCCUCAAAGCGAGAAACGGGAAGAAAAAAUGGCCUCCUUUCUCCGGCUGCACUCAAAUGCGAAGUUCAAGGAAGAGGACUGUUGGGAAUACGCUCCCCUCUAUGGCUGGAAAUUUCACCUGCAGCAGACAUCAAAGGAUGUCUUUCGGAGGCGAUGCUGGCACAGGAAGCUCACGCCCGUGGUAGCUGGCCGUGGGGCACCUAUUUUCCUCUUGGAGGGUUCACUGGGUGUGGAAAGCCCAGAGACAACAAAAAAUAUGAAUGAGGAGAAGAAAGAAGGUGAAGCAAAAGAACCUGAGAGAACCUCAUCUCAAAACCUUCUGAAGAUGAACACUCCUCUCCUGUUCUGUGUCUUCAGGCAUCCUUUUGCCUAUGUCUCCUUCCUUCACAUGAGCCAGCAAACAAGGAGACUGUCUGGCACACUCCAUCCAUGCUGGGACCAAACCCUUAUCUUUGAAAAGAUCUUGAUCUAUGGAGAUCCUGAGACCAUUGAGCAGGACCCACCACUGGUGGGUGUGGAGAUGUUUGACUUUGACCCUGUGGAUGAUGCCAUGGGAAAACAUCCUCCACCAGCAUGGAAAGAUGGGGUGUUCACCAUCCCUAAAAUAAUCCGGCCUGUCUUGAAGCUGAUGGCCAUUGAGAUCCUGGCUUGGGGCCUCCGGAGCUUGAAGACCUUCAACCUGCUGGCUGUCACCUUUCCAAGUCUUACUAUACAGUGUGGAGGAGAAUUUAUUGAAACACCAAUCAUCACGGACAUCUAUGAAAACCCCAAUUUUCCAAUUAACAUCUUUCUCAUGCAAGUGUACCUACCCAUUGAUGAAGAUUAUGCGCCUCCCAUCGAGCUGAAAGUGAUUGAUCAUAGAGAAUUCGGAUACCAGCCAGUGGUGGGCCAAGCAACCAUACGGACUCUGCACCAGUACUUCUGUGACCCUUGGGAAGAGAGAAAACCCCAUCGUCUCCCGUUCAGAGGAGCUCAGGCUGCCAUCCAUGGCUCUUUCUUCUUUCAUUUUGUCAUUAACAACUACCUUAGACCAAGCAAAAUAAUCUCCAAGUUUUGGUUCUGGAAGAAGGACAAAAAAGAGGACGAGGCAAAUGAGGAGGAACAAGUUGACUGGUGGAGCAAGUAUUAUGCAACUGUGGGAGAUUUGUCGAAGAGCGGAACCUACCUGGACAAGGGCUUUGAUACUAUGAAGAUGUAUAAUUGUGAAUUGGAGGAGGUGGUAGAGUUCCAUGGCUUGCAGGAUUUCUGCAAGACCUUUCGACUGUACCGAGGAAUGGUGAAAGAUGAAUCCCUUGAGGACCCCAUGGUGGGGGGUGAGUUCAAGGGGCUUUUCCGGAUCUACCCGCUUCCAGAAGACCCAAAUAUUCCACCCCCUCCGCGCCAGUUUAAAGAACUUCCCGAAAGCUUCCCCCAAGAAUGUCUGGUUCGACUCUACAUAGUCCGGGCCUCUGACCUCCAGCCAAAGGAUAGAAAUGGACUGUGCGACCCCUACAUUUGGAUCAAGGUGGGGAAGAAAAGGGUGGGGGAAAGAGAGGCAUAUAUUCCCAACACCCUCGAUCCCGUCUUUGGAAAGAUGUUUGAAUUUACAUGCAGCAUCCCACAAGACAAGGACUUGAUAAUUUCACUCUAUGACUUUGAUCUCCUCAGUCCUGAUGAGCUCAUAGGAGAUACCACCAUAGACCUGGAAAACCGGGUGUUAUCCCGCUUUGGGGCCAACUGUGGGCUUCCCCAGUCCUACUGUGUUUCUGGUCCUAACCAGUGGCGAGAUCAGCUGCCUCCCUGCAAGCUCUUGGAGCAUUUUGCUCAAAUCAAAAACAUUUCUCUGCCUGAGAUCAGUGAAGAUGGGACCAAAGCUACUUUUAUGGAGAGGACUUUCCUGCUCUCAGACUUUGAAACCAAAAAACCUUUACACACCCACCUGGGCCCCCCAAAAGAGCGCAUGGCCCUUCACCUCCUCCGCUUAUGUGGGCUGGUGCCUGAACACAUAGAGACGCGCACCCUCUACACCAGUGUCCAGCCUGGUAUUGGACAGGGUAAAGUCCAGCUGUGGGUUGAUGUCUUCCCAGAAAGCUUAGGUGAACCAGGACCUGCUUUUGAUAUCACCCCAAGAAAACCCAAGCCGUUUGAACUCCGGUGCAUCAUCUGGAACACAAAGGAUGUGGACCUGGAGGACACGAAUAUUUUUGGAGAGAGGAUGAGCGACAUUUAUGUUAAAGGGUGGCUGGAUGGCCUGGAAGAGGACAAGCAGAAGACGGAUGUCCACUACAGGUCUAUGGCAGGAGAAGGCAACUUCAACUGGAGGUUUGUGUUUACCAUGGACUAUCUACCCAUGGAGCAGGUCUGCGUCCUCACCAAGAAGCAACAUUUCUGGAGUCUGGACGAAACCAUGCAGAAAGUGCCCCCCAAGCUGAUCAUCCAGAUUUGGGAUAAUGACAAGUUCUCAGCUGAUGAUUUUCUGGGAGUUCUGGAGCUCAACCUGACCAGCAUUCCACGACCUGCCAAACGGCCCCGGGACUGCACCGUGAAAAUGUUGCAAGAGGGCGGCCAAGACUCUAAUCCUUUUCACCGCAAGAAGCCCAAGCGGAUCUCUUUAUUUGCGCAAAAGAACUUGAGGGGCUGGUGGCCGUGCAUUGUGUGUGAGGAAGACAAACGGAGGGUCUCAGGGAAGGUUGAAAUGUCACUGGAGCUGCUGACAGGAAAGGAGGCCGAAGAGCGGCCGGCUGGGAAAGGAAGGGAGGAGCCAAAUAUGAACCCAGUCCUGAAGCCGCCAGAGAGGCCAGCGACAUCCUUCCUGUGGUUCACAGCCCCAAUGAAGAGCAUCAAGUACAUCAUCUGGCAGAAGAGCAAGUGGAAGAUCUUAAUCUGCUUCUGCUUCCUGCUGCUGUUCUUGUUGUUUGCUACCUUCAUCUACUCAGCCCCAGGCUACUUGGCCAUGAAGUUGAUAAAUCCAAUGAAGGGUUCCAUCAAAAUGCCUGCUUUCUCUAAGAAAGAAAAGAAACCUCUCUCAACAUGA